AUGGCGUCCCUGACCGAGAAAGUGUCCCUUACUAAGGAAGUGUCCCUUACUAAGAAAGGGUCAUUUACCAACAAAGCGUCCCUCACCGAGAAAGACAACCCGUCAAAAGACGGCAUAAAAAUCAUUCACGCAGGUUUUUACCGCACAGGAACCGCUUCCAUGGCAACAGCAUACCGUAUCCUAGGCUACAAAGCCCAUCACGCUCUACACAACGAAUGUCAGGAACCCUGGGGGAAGCUCGAGCAAGCAGCGGAAGCUACCUUUCCUCACCUCCUCCAUCUCCCGGACUACACCCACAAGAUUCAACGUCCCCCAUUCACAAGGGAAGAAUGGCAUAGUCUAUGGGGUGCCUAUGAUGUGGCCACUGACGUAGCGUCGACUUUUACUUUGGAGCUCAUCAAGGCGUAUCCCGAUGCAAAAGUGGUCAUUGUCCAGCGCAAGUUUGAAGACUGGUGGCCGUCCUUCCACUCUCAAAUGUUGAUCACUAUCUUUGAGGCAACUUGGCUUCAGAAGUUCUUAUGCUGGCACGUUUUGCGCUUUCGGGCUUUCCAUGCCAUGAGAAAGAUCUUCGCUGGUUUCUUCUCUGUGAAUGAGUACACUGUGGCGGCCAUUACGCCCGAUAUUGCGAGAAAUAGCUAUGAGGCUUUCUAUAGGAUGGUUCGGGACGCUGUGCCGGAGGACAGACGACUGGAAUAUUCGCUUGGUGAUGGAUGGGAACCGCUUUGUGAGUUCCUGGGAAAGGAUGUACCAGAUGUUGAGUUUCCAAGAGUUAAUGAUCGGAAACAUUUUGAUGAGAAUGUGGAACGGCUUAUGGCGAAGAUCAUAAGGGAUUCGAUAGGGGUCCUGGGGCCUUAUCUUGCGGUUCUUGUGGUUGUUGUGGUGUUGUAUGCCUGGCAAGGGUCAUUAUCAAAAUUAUGA